AUGAUAGAUGUGUUCUCCUUCAUUUCUGUCUUCUUGGUCUUAAAGGCUUCCAUGCUUUUCUGCUCUUUGAAUGAACCCAAGUGCUUUUUGAGAAUAAAAGACAGGAAAAACAAGGAUGGCGAUAAGAAAGUUGAUUGCUUUUUUUCCAUUUAUACUAAGCAUGGACAUAUGAAGAGUGAUCAUUUUAGUGGAAAUCUAGACAAGCAGUUGACAACUAAGAACAUCCACUUGAUUUUAUCGCUUUAUUUUGCUAUUGAAGAAAUCAAUAUGAGCCCCCACCUAUUACCUAAUAUUUCUCUAUUAGUUAAAGUUGAAUGUUAGUUAUUGGCUGAUCGGAGUAAAGUCAGUUUAUACUCAAGAAGAGGUAAUUAUUUUCCUAACUACAACUGUGGAAACCACAGAAGAUAUUUAAUCGUACUUACAGGACCAAUGUGGUUACCAACUGCUAUGCUUGGACCACUUCUGUACAUCUCCAGAACUCCAGAGCUUUACUAUGGCCCAUUUCACCCUCUUCUCAGUAGCUAUGAACACUUUCCUUAUCUGUACCAGAUGGCUAUCAAGGACACAUCUGUAGCUAUUGGCAUGGUAUCUUUGGUGAUUUAUUUCAGCUGGAACUGGGUGGGACUGAUGAUUUCAGAUGAUGGUCUAGGACUUCAAUUUGCCUCUGAAUUGAGAGAAGAAAUGCAAAGAUAUGACAUCUGUUUAGCCUUUGUGACUAUUUUCACAUAUAACACAAAAUUAUUCUUGACAAUGACUGACAAGUAUUACAAUCAGAUCAUGAUGUCUUUAGCAAAAGCUGUUAUCAUUUUUGGAGACAAAGAUUCUCUUCUACAAGUGAUCUUUAGACUGUGGCAAUUUUUAGACAUUCGAAGAAUCUGGGUUACUACCUCACAGUGGGAUAUCAUUACAAGCAAUGGAGAAUUCCUCUUCAACUCCUUUCAUGGUACCCUCAGCUUUUCACACCAUUAUUCUGAGAUAGCUGGUUUUAAGACAGUGCACCCUUUAAACUACAGUAACACCAUUUCUCUUGAUAAAUUAUGGUGGUUGAAUUUUAAUUGUUUUUUGUCAUCAUCUAAUUGUAAAAAUCUCAAGACAUGUUUAAGAAAAAUGUUGCUGAAAUGGUUAUCCAGCAAAAAAUUUGAAAUGUCCAUGAGUGACACAAGUUAUAACCUAUACAAUGCUGUGUAUGCUGUAGCCCAUUCACUCAAUGAGUUACUUCUGCAGCAAGCAAAUACAUUGUCAAAUAAUGUUAGGAAAGGACUGGAGUUUGAGUCUUUGCAGGUGCUCUCUUCCCUGAAGAACAUCCAUUUUGUAAAUCCUGCUGGAGACCUAGUAAACUUGAAUCAGAAAGAAAACGUGAAUAUAAAUUAUGAUAUUUUCAACACUGGAAAUUUUUUACAAAGUUUUGGAAUUAAGGUGAAAAUAGGAAAGUUUUUCAAAUACUUUACAUAUCCUCAAGAAUUGUUUAUGUCUGAUGAAAUGGUAGACCAGGCCACAGAUGUUAGACAGACUCUACCCUCAAUAUGCAGUAUACCUUGUCAUUCAGGAUUUAGAAAAUCCCCUAAGGAGGGAAAGGCUGUCUGUUGUUUUGAUUGUAUCCCCUGCCCAGACAAUGAGAUUUCCAAUAUGACAGACAUGGAUUAUUGUUUCAAGUGCCCAGAUAAUCAAUAUGCCAAUCCAGAAGGAACUCACUGUCUCUCCAAAAUUGUGACAUUCCUGUCUUAUGAAGACCCCAUAGGAAUGGUUCUGGCUUGUUUGGCUCUAGGGUUUUCUGCUCUCACAGCUGUUGUAUUUGGUAUCUUUUUAAGGAACCAAGACAUUCCCAUUAUCAAGGCCAAUAACCGAGCUCUCAGCUACUGCCUGCUCAUCUCACUCAUCUGUUGUUUUCUUUGUUCUCUGCUAUUCGUUGGACAACCACGUAUUGUCACAUGCAUCAUGCAGCAGACCAUAUUUGCAGUUGUGUUUACUGUUGCUAUCUCUACUGUGUUGACCAAGACAAUUACUGUAGUAAUGGCCUUCAGGUUCAUUCUUCCUAGUAAAAGGAUGAGAUGGCUGAUGACAUCAGGGGCAUCAAUCUUGAUCAUUCCUAUAUUCACCAUGAUCCAACUGAUUAUUUGUGAAAUCUGGCUGGGAACUUCUCCACCAUUUGUUGACAGUGAUGGGCAUAUUGAACAUGAUCAUAUUUUGAUUGUUUGCAACAAAGGUUCAGUUAUUCCCUUCUACUGUGUCCUGGGAUAUUUGGGUUCUAUUGCACUGACAGGUUUCACUGUAGCUUUCUUAGCCAGGAAUCUUCCUGAUACAUUCAAUGAAGCCAAGUUCCUGAUGUUUAGCAUGCUGGUGUUCUGUAGUGUCUGGCUCACAUUCCUUCCUGUCUAUCAUAGCACCAAUGGAAAAGCCUUAGUUGUAGUGGAGGUUUUCUGCAUCUUGACCUCCACUGCAGGAAUAUUUCUCUGCAUCUUUGCUCCAAAAUGCUACAUUGUUUUGUUAAAACCUGAAAAUAAAUCUUUUCACAAGUUUAGGCACACAAAAUGCUAA